AGAAGACGGACAUCACAUGACCUUCAGCCGCUGAAGCAGCUUUCCGUGAGACCAAGAAGAAGAAGAAGAUAAGCCGCUUCACGUGAGACCUUCCACGUCUCGUCAGGUGAGACCACAGCGCGAGAGCUUCGACCUCAGGUGAGACCACAGCGCGAGAGCUUGUACCUCAGACCCUGAACCAUGGCGGUCCAGGUGACCGAGUCCGACCAGAUCAAACAGUUUAAGGAGUUCCUGGGGACCUACAACAGGGUGACGGAGAACUGCUUCAUGGACUGCGUCAAAGACUUCACCGGCAGGGACGUGAAGCCAGAGGAGUCGAGCUGCUCCGAGUCGUGUCUCCAGAAGUACCUGAAGAUGACUCAGCGGAUCUCCAUGAGGUUCCAGGAGUACCACAUCCAGCAGAACGAGGCCCUGGCUGCUAAAGCGGGCCUGCUGGGACCUCGCUGAACCCAAGCUCCGCCUCCAGCAAGGAACAUAGGAACUUAUUAAUGUCGAAUAUUAUUCUGGUCUGGAAAUAAAAUCAUUUUUUAAACCA